AUGAACUACCCAAAUAUGCUGAAGAUUUACACUGCUGCAGCUCCCAUAAGAAAAAGUACAGUUCCUGCUCUUUUCGAAAAGAUCUACAAGACUAUCGACGAGAGGAUCGAAGCCCGAGCCAGAAAUACCGCAGCAGGUAUAGUAUCACCAGAGCCGACAGACUUCAUAGACCUAUUUUUGGACGCGAGAGCCGAACAAGAGUUUGACAACAAGGCAGAGUUCUCAAAGACAGGAGUCCAAGUGUCAAAACAUUUGACUAGGGAGGAAAUUACCGCUCAGUGCUUCGUAUUUCUUCUGGCAGGUUUCGAUACAACCGCCACCUCUUUAGCAUUUGUUACCUAUCUGCUGGCUAAACACCCUUCAGUUCAGAAGAUUCUUCAAGAGGAGAUUGAUCAGCAUUGCAAUCGUGAGUCGAUCAGCUAUGAAACGAUGGCGAGCUUGAGAUAUCUCGACGUCGUUAUCAAGGAGUCUCUGCGAAUGUAUCCGUUAGCAGCUUUCGCCAACUCUCGUCGUUGUAUGAAAGCUACCACACUUGGAGACGUACCAGUUUAUGAGGGCGACUUUGUAUGCGCCGACACCCUCUCACUUCACUUCAAUCGCGAAAUUUGGGGCGACGAUGCCGAUGAUUUCCGCCCAGAAAGAUGGCUUGAGCAGUCUGACCGUCCAGCGGCCGCAUUUCUGUCAUUUGGCCUCGGUCCCAAGGCAGUGCAUAGGAAUGAGGCUUGCUCUGAUGGAGGAGAAAGCUAG